AUGCUUUCGGUGUUCCGACCCACCUGUCCUUCGGAGAUCAGCAUGAGAUCGAAGUUCGUCUUGAGAAGCGAGAUGUACAUGGCAUGCUUUGAUGCUGAACAGUACCUAUCUCAAUUGUUGGAUCAUUUCAAAGAGUCUCACCAGAUGCCUCAAGGAAUCUACUGCCUUGCUGACUACGAUCUCCGGCUGGGAAAGCAAGGACUCGAAGAGUUUAGACAGCAGGAGUUCAAAGCUGGUUGCUUCAAGGAUUGUUCUGCUGGAGGUUUCGCUGCAAUAGGCAUUGUGGCAGUUCUUGAGGUGUUGGAGGCUCCAUCAGCCUUGGUCGGACGAUUUUUGGAACUGUGGCAGAAUUUGUUGGAAACCCACGUCGUGAAGCAGUUCCGAGAUCGGAACAUCUGUGUCAUGGACAACGAUGCACUCCUGAGAGGCAAGGUGAUAACGAAUUUUCAAUCAUAA